AUGCUUUGGAAGCUGGUGGCCGGCUGAGAGUUGUUAGCUGUCACCGAAGCCACAGGUUGAUCACUUCCUGGAAACUUGUCUGCUGACAUCUGGCAACUUCCCCCCCCCCUCGCAUGGAGUAGCCGUGAUUUCACGUUCUGCUUUUUUUAAUGCCAAAGUCUGGAGAUCUGAUCCUGGUCGAUGUAUAUAGCACUUACCUCAACUCCACCAGAAAUGAAUGCCAACAGCAUGCCUAAACAAGUGGAGGUGAGGAUGCAUGAGAGUCACCUGGAGCCCAUCGAGGCCAGGCCCCAGUCCAAAUGUGCCCAACUCUGUUCAAAGAUGUUCAAGAACCUUCUGCUCACACUUACUGUCCUUGGUGUGAUCUUGGGAGCUGUAGCAGGGAUGUUGCUUCGCGUCGCCUCCCCGAUCCACCCAGAUAUUGUCAUGGUGAUCGCUUUUCCUGGAGAUAUUCUGAUGAGGAUGCUGAAGAUGUUGAUCCUACCACUUAUUAUCUCCAGUUUAAUCACAGGUCUUUCUGGUUUGGAUGCCAAAUCUAGUGGUCGCCUGGGCACCAGAGCUAUGGUUUAUUACAUGUCCACCACCAUUAUUGCUGCUGUCCUGGGAGUCAUACUUGUCUUAGUCAUCCACCCUGGGAACCCAAAACUGAAGGAAAACCUGGGUGAGGGUGAGAAAAAUGAAGACGUCUCCAGCUUGGAUGCUUUCUUUGAUCUCAUCAGGAAUUUGUUUCCAGAGAACCUUGUGCAGGCUUGUUUCCAGCAGAUCCAAACUGUCACAAAGAAAGUAGAAGUGGUUGCUACAGAAGAAAUCAAUGUCACUACCAUGGACGGCUUGGUGGCUAAUGUCACUAAGGAGCCUGAGUUCAUCAUCAAAAAGUCUUUGCAGUUCAAAAGUGGCAUGAAUGUUCUAGGUGUGAUUGGUUUCUUUAUUGCAUUUGGCAUCUGCAUGGGGAAGAUGGGAGAAAGAGCCAGACUCAUGAUUGAAUUCUUCAACAUCCUCAAUGAGAUUGUGAUGAAACUUGUCAUCAUGAUCAUGUGGUAUUCCCCCUUUGGUAUUGCUUGCCUGAUCUGUGGAAAGAUCAUCUCCAUCAAGGACCUGGAAGUGGUGGCCAGGCAGCUGGGCAUGUACAUGGUAACAGUUAUUGUUGGACUUAUUAUCCACGGAGCAAUCUUUCUGCCCAGUAUCUACUUUGUUAUCACUAGGAAAAACCCCUUUAGCUUCUUCUUGGGAAUCUUCCAAGCCUGGAUCACUGCCUUGGGGACAGCUUCCAGUGCUGGUACACUGCCUGUCACCUUCCGCUGUCUGGAGGAGAACUUGGGUAUCGACAAAAGAGUCACUCGUUUUGUGCUUCCAGUUGGUGCCACUAUCAACAUGGAUGGAACUGCUUUGUACGAGGCAGUUGCAGCCAUCUUCAUUGCCCAAAUGAAUGGCGUCAACCUCGACCCGGGUCAGAUUGUCACUGUCAGUCUGACAGCCACUCUGGCUAGUAUUGGAGCAGCCAGUAUUCCCAGUGCUGGACUGGUGACAAUGCUUUUGAUCCUGACUGCUGUGGGCCUGCCAACCCAAGACAUCAGUCUCCUGGUUGCUGUCGACUGGCUGCUGGACCGAUUCAGAACUUCAGUGAACGUGGUGGGUGACUCCUACGGUGCAGGCAUCGUGUACCACAUGUCCAAGGCAGAACUCGACGAACUCGACGCACACAUGGCCAAGUCUGACGACAUUGAAAUGAUGAUGAAAACCCACUCUUACUACGACGACAUGAAGAACCACCAUGAAAACAAUUCCAACCAGUAACCUCAGCCACGAAACGGCUCUGCUGCGGAGUGUACACUUCUUGAGGAGGAACCUUGGAACGUGAAUAACGGCAGCACAGUGAUCCCUGCUCCUGGGCUCCACAAGCUUUCCGAUCUGGUGAAAAACGAGCGAAUGAAAACACAUGAACAGAACUACUAAUUGUUUUUUAUGUAGUUUAGUUUUUUUUUUUAUUAUUCUCUUUAAAGGACUGACUGAUAAACAAAUACUAAUUCACUUAACUGUGAAGUGAAUACAAAGGUACUCAUGACGUGUUAGAGCACAAUCAUGUCCUGUAUAGCAGAUACUUGCACAACAUACUUUGAGGCUUGGAGAGGGAAGGAACAGAAAACCUUACAUUAUCUUACACUUGUUAGCAAUACACUCUGAGUGAGGCUGAUGUUUGAUUUAAAGGGGUCAUAUUGUGCAAAA